CCCCGACGCCCUCCAUCCCAACCCUUACUGCCCCAAUCACCCCCUCACACCGACAUGGGCGAAGAUGAUAACGGACUCGACUCAAUUUCUCCCCUUCGCAAAGUCACUUCCUCCGUGACCUGGGGCUGGUAUGCCAUCUCGCUCAGCUGGGGCGGGAUCGCCGUGCUCCUGUAUCAAACCCCCCACCAAUUCACCGGCCUGACCACCAUCGGCACCAUCAUCUUCAUCGCCAACCUCGUCCUCUACACCACCGUCACCCUGUGCCUCCUCUUCGAAGCCGUCCAUCCCCGCAAAAUCCCCAAACCCAUCGAAGAAUCCCCCAGCUUCUCAGCCCGAUGGCUACAUAUCAAAAAACCCCAAGACCUCUACUUCGUCCCCGUGUCCCUCCUCGCCUUCGCCACCAUCAUCUUCUGCACCUCCUCCUACGGCACUCCCCACUGCGGCCGAUGGCUCAUCCUCACCCUCAACGUCUUCUUCUGGAUCUACACCGGCGUCUCCCUCCUCCUCGCCAUCAUCCUAGGCUGGUGGAUCCCCUACACCGGCACCAACCCCAACCAACACUACGCCAUCGUUCAAGUCCUGCCCUACUUCCCCCCAAUGCUCAGCGGGACUAUGGCCGGCCUACUCGCCCCAAACCAAGCCCCCGCCCAAGCCAUCCCCAUGCUCGUCGGCGGAACCACCAUGCAAGGGCUCGGAUUCCUCAUGUUCCUCGUCAUUCUGGUGCAAAGCAUGCACGAACUCACCACCGAAGGCCUCCCGACCCCAUCCGUCCGUCCGGAGAUGUUCAUCGCAGUCGGACCCCCCAGCUUCACCAUCAUCGCCAUGGUCAGCAUGGCCUCUGCGGCCGUGAAAAAGCUCCCAGACCACUACAUCAGUUCGGCAACGAGCGUGCGCACCGCCGACGUGCUGUUGAUCGUCACCGUCGCAGCCUCGGUAUUCCUCUGGUCACUCGCCUUCUUCCUCUUCUGCAUCGCAGCACUGAGCAUGCUCGAGGCACUCUGGCAUCGAACGAUCCGGUUCGAAACCCUCUGGUGGUGCAUGGUAUUCCCGAUCACGGGGUUCGUGCUCGCGACGAUUGAUCUCGCGGAGUAUUUGAGUUCGGCGCCGAUUUCGUGGGUGAGUACCGGGAUGACGCUUUUUCAGGUUACGUUGUGGUUGUCCAUCACGGUGUGUCAGUUGGUUUGGUGGGUGGUUAAGAGGGAGUUUUAGACAUAUGCUUUUUUGGAGUACGGGUGUUUUUGGGUAGAUGCAUAGCGGGCUAUGCUUCAGAUGUUGGUUUGCUAGUAUUAGUCUUUGUUGUUAGCGUGGUGUCUUCUUUUCAUCUGUGGGAUAAAUCUUUAUAGUGAGGGUUGAAAGACGAUAGAUAUGGGGGUAUUUUUCUAGGAUAGUUUUAAUCGAUUGUUC